AUGGCUUCAAAACACCCUUUGGCAAUUGAUGGUCCUGGAUGGCAUGGUGAAGCUAAAACACCUGUUAUUGACGGCAAAUACAUUGAUCGCAAGACCGGCAAAAUUUGUCUUGCUGGACCCCACGACCAAGAGUUUCUUGGACCACCUGCUGUUGAUAUCAUUAUCAAUAGCAUUUACUCAGACGAUACCCCUCAGGUAUUCCAUGCGCAGCGAUUAUUCCCUAUGGAGGCUCUCCUAUAUCAUAUUAUGAAAGUGGUUAAGGAGAGAAAGAUCGCACUAGAUUCAGUUACCGCGACACCAUAUGCAAUUCGUGUCAUCCUGGGUCAGACAGAAAUUUCUAAGGAAAGCUUUGUUGAUGCUAGUUUGGAUAUGGUAAAUGGCAUUUUUGAUGAUGUCUGA